AUGGAACUGUUUGCACAUCAGUACCGACUGCAAGAAUUGGAAGGGUGUGGGGAUUUUGCAACCAGGUUGGCUCGGCGACAGCCACAUUGCUCGAUGGAACUCAGCAAGAGGAGAUUUGGGCUGUGGUAUCUCAUGAAGAAAUUGACUCCAAGGAGGGCCACACAAGCAGCGAAUGGAUUUCCAAACUAA